UCACGAAAAGCUAACGAAACAUCCCAGGGAUUGGGUAAAUCUAGGCAAUCUAUUACCCGUGUUUUAAGGAGACAGUUGGAUUCCAUGUACAUGCCAGACGGAGAAGUUGGUGGAUUAUCCGAAUGCAGGACAAGUUCUAUAUACCCCAAUCAUGAUAUUAGAUGGAAAAUGGGUGAUAUUUGUAGGUUGUUGGUUCGCUGUGUAUAUCAUGGCAGCACUAGAUCAUACCCAUGGUACACACUUUGUUUUUCCCGCACCAUUUUGUGAUAAAUUUAAUCAAGUAAAUGGGGUUGUGAGAUGGAAAUAUGGUGCCAGAUUUCGUACUGUUGUUACAUUGUAUGGUACCUACAAAAAAUUUAUACAGUCCAUGGGUGAGGAGUUUCCACAAACACCCCUUCCUUGUAAACAACUCAGUAUGGGUAGAGUUACAAGAUCAGCCGCCAUUAUUGCUGUAGCGAAGGAGGACAUUAUGUUUUAUGUACAGUAUAAACACGAUAACUUCAUGGUGUAUCCUCUGAACACUCUACAAAACACAUAUAAAAUAAUUACAGUGUAUCCACCUGAAAUGGAUAGAACAUUUGUUGUCAUAACUGCACCUAUUGCUAAUACGAAACUCGAAGUUACGAUGGCGCCAUAUUUGUCUGGUUUUGUGGAGUAUAAUGAACUGCAUUAUCAUGCAGGGGAGAUAAUUCAUGUAACCCUGAACAGAAACGAUGUUUUGAUGUUGUCUUGUGCUUGUGAUUUGUCCGGGAGUGAAGUGGAUUCUACAGCUAAGAUAGUCGUUGUUACUGGCAGCUAUAGAGAUCAUUGGGAUAAACAGAUAUUAAUAGAACAAAGUUUCCCCAACUCUGCAUGGGGAAGAAAUUUUGUACUACCCAUUGAAGACUGGAUGAGUGAAAUUAUCCGUGGAUUAGAGAUCAGUACAGAAAACAGCACCAUUCUAUAUCCUACUAUCACAGGAAUGCUAUCUUACCCGGUGGAAGCAGACGAAUAUCUUACUAUACACAGUACGUCAUCGAUACACGUUGUCUUCCAUAUACGGUAUGGGGAUUCACUUGAUGUUACCGAGAAACCAAUCUUGACCAACGGCGUUCCUAUAGAGCAAUAUCCCAAAUUUCUGUGCAGUUCCUAUUCCUCGCCAUAUGGAUCAACUUGUUUUGUUAGUGUUGGUAAUUUAACUUUGUUCCAAAGCAUGUUUCUAGAUCCGGUAUUAGAUAUAUCAUCUCCCUGGUUCUUUGUGGUCGUUAAGAAGGAGGACAGACUUGCGUUUCUUCCUGAAGUAAAACACAUGUGGUCAUAUGCACCUAGGAUGAUGAAACAGGGUUACAGGCGAUUUCUUUAUAAUGGUGCCACACGAUUAACAAGUCUGUACGAUUCUUGUGUGCGUGAUUCAACCCUGAAAAUGGGAAUCAACGACGGCGUGGAUAAUGAUUGUGAUGGAAUAGUAGACGAAGAGUUUACAGAUAACCAGGACAAUGAUGUGGAUCUAAAGGUUGACGAAGAUAUAUCAUCAAAUGUUGCCAUCUGCGUUAUGGAUUAUAAUUAUGGUGUUAACCCUAAGCCAUGGAUAUUUAUGUCAGCAUCAGUUAUUGCUGUUCUCAUAUCAAUUUUAAUCGCCAUACUCGCCGUUAUCCUGUUUAUUGGGGGCAAUUUUCUAUUGGAGAUUUUACAAGGAGGUCAUCCUACUAGACCUAGUAGAGUAGAACCGGCGGAAUAAAAUUUAAGCAUCAACAUUGUCAUAUUAACGUGCAUCUACCUUUAAACGUCCAAAUAAAUCACAAAACUCAUUUCUUACAAAUUUAUAUGAAAAAGGGUUCUAUUUGUGUAUAGCCUUUAGUGGUGUGGCUCUGGGGGACGACGGUCCCUUCCAAACCCCAUAACGAUAGGAGAUUGUCAGAAAGUGUGGAUGUCUUUCGGAAGACUUUUGCCCCCAGUGGAUCCAUGCAAUAUUGUACAGUAAAUUUGCUUAGCCGUCCAAACUUUGUAAGCAUGUGAACUACUGGGUUGCUCGAAUGUUCAGUGGAUUUUGGCUUAAAACCGUACAAACAUUUGGGUUUAGGGUACAUUUUGUUGAAAUCUUGCCAGGAACAUAAGUUUUCCCGAUUUUUUCGUACCACUUUCCUAUUUACUUAUCAUAUAUUUAUAUGCUCUGGGGAAUGUGGAAGACACAGUUUAAGCAUAUAUUAUACUUUGUGUUGUAUUAAAUAUUGGUGCAAACUAUUGCGUAUGCCCAUAGAUCGUUAUCCUAAACAAGUAUUUAUUAUGUUAAAACAAUUAGACAAAGCCGGCAGGGUUAGUUGGGUGACAAAGGUCAGAAUUAUGUUAUAUUCCUUAGGAUUUGGUUAUGUUUUUGAAACUGAAAUGAUCGGCAAUUUUAACAUGUUUAUAAGUCAAAUUAAGUUACGAUUAUCAGAUAUAAACUUACAAGAAUGGUCAGCUAAAUUAUCAGAAAGCGAAAGUUUAACAGAUUAUUGCAAAUUCAAAAUAAAUCUAGUUCAGGAAUCUUAUUUAUUAUCGAACAUUCAAUUAAAACACAGGAGAAAUAUUACAAAAAUUAGGCUAAAUCUAUUACCAACAUGUUUGAAUUUGCAUAGACGGAAUCAAACUACUUUUCCAUUAUGUCCAUUAUGCCAUCAAUGUGAUGAAGAUUUAUUUCAUUUUAUGUUUGAAUGCAUAGAAACGAAGAACAUUAGAGAUGUUUGUUUUGAACGUGUACAUUUGGCAAAUAUCAGUCGUUGUAACUUCCUAAAUCUGUCAAAUUCUAGCGAUCCUUGUAUAUUAAUAUCCAUCUCCCAUUAUAUAGAAAGGGUCACCAAGUAUCAUAUAUAAAUUGCUGUAAAUAAUUAUGUCCGUGCCAGUUGAUUGUUUGUAAAUAUAGCCUACUCAAUUGCAACUACAGAAUUAUACUUUAUUUAUACAGAUAUUUUGAAAUUGAAUCG